GACGAGGUGCGGGUAGGCGCGGGCGGGGGCGGCGGCGGCGCGCGGGCGGCGUCGCGCGAGCGCAGCAUGGCGCCGGCGCCGCAGCCCUCGUCGCCCGUCUCCGCCGCACCCUGGCUCACCGCCAACGCCACCCUCGCCUUCAACGUCUCACGCUUCAACCUCUCCUUCGACUCCGAGUACGACCUGCUCUCCACCAAUUACACUGAAGAACACGACAACCACUGGUUUUGCGCCAAGUGGACCAACGCACAGCAGGAUCUUUUUCAGGCUGCGAAUCUUUGCUUCGCAAUCGCGUUUCUGGCGCCGAAGAGCUUCAAGCAGAGUAUUUUGGUGAUGCGAGCGCUGGCGGCGGCGGGCGCGGUCUUGAUGGGGAUGUGGGCUGGUGCGGAGGUGUGCGCACCUGACGUGCUCGCAUGGAGCCUCGCUCUGGUGUUCGUCAACUCUAUUCAUACUGUUUUUUUAAUAAUAAGGUUUCUACCGCCGGCGUUGUCCCUGGAGCUGACAGAACUGUACCUGAAACUCUUCAAACCACUUAAAGUGAACAAAAAACACUUUCAAGAGUUAACGCGUGAGGCGCGCGUGGUGCGCCUUGAACCUGGUGAGGCAUAUGCAGUCGAAGAGGUCACGCCUGCUGACGAGAGAUUGUCUAUAUUACUCAAGGGGAAGAUGCGAGUAAGCUGUGACGAAACACAUCUCCAUUUCAUACAGCCCUAUCAGUUCGUAGACUCGCCCGAGUGGGAGGCUAACCGCGAACAAUCUGAUGAUGUCUUCCAGGUGUCAGUGAUCGCAGAGGAGGUAUGCACUUGCAUAUGCUGGCCGCGUAUGCGCCUUGAACGUGUGCUACGCCACCGCCCUGCGCUGAAGGUCGUGCUCGAUAGUCUUAUAGGCAAGGACAUAACCCACAAGUUGUACUCGGUGAGUGAGGGUCUGAUGGGCGCAGGUGGCACCAACGAUCGCGAGGCGACCGGGAGCAACCUCACACGCUCCGCCAGCGUCGACGCCGUGCACGAGGGCUCCCGCGGUCGCCUACGCAGCGACGACUGGAGGUCUCGCUCUACUAAUUCUAAAGGCAAAGGCAAAGGGAGUUCUUACUGGCAACCAAUAGUAGCACGUCAAUUCCUUCGUCACUCUCCGUUUAGCCGGAGUAUGACGCAACCUCCGCGGCUGCUACAGCAAGCCUCCUCUGCGAGCCUACAGCCGCCGCCGCGGCGCCGCAGCCCGCCGCGCCGUACAACGUCGUUCCGGCGCGAAGUCAAAUUCGCGGAGGUAACUACGUCCUCCGAGCCGGCGGUGUGACGCGGGCCGCGGCCCCAGCCUGAGCUGGUGCCGCUCGUAGCGCCGCGCCCACUCUCUUCCUCGUCUCCCCGACAGCAAUCUCCUUGACCAGACCAUGAGCGAACGUUUAUGCCUCACACAACGGACUUCUAAAGUGGAAUACUUAAUCGCCACGACUACAAUAAAUCGCACCAAUCAUG